AUGUCUGCUGCACUUCGCUUGUGUUCUGCUCUCAAACCUGCUUUAUACUGUGCAAGGUCGAGUGCGCUUGUAGCCCGCACUGUCGCAUUGACGAGUGCAGUAUCGACGCGUGUGGGCAAAUAUCGGUUACUCACUAGUACACCACCUGCUCGUCUUCCCAAGACUCAAUCUUACUCCCUGUUACACCCAAUCGGCGUCGAAGCUGCUCUCCGCGCUGCAUCCGAUCCAACGUUCAAACCCACUCCUACACUUCUACAGAAGGAGUUCUCACUUGCCCAACGUGUCGCGGUCGUUACUGGUGGUCACCAGGGCUUGGGACUCGAGGUGGCUGAAGCACUCGCAGAGGCCGGGGCUGUUGUCUAUUGUCUUGAUAUCCUCCCCGGACCGAAAGAGGGCUCGGCGUUCCGUGCUACGCAGACGUACGUCUCGCGUCUCGGAGUUGAGGGUGCACGACUCGAGUACGCUCAGGUGGACGUGACAGAUCAGAAAGCAGUGUGGAAUGUUGUGGAGAGUAUUGCAGUGAAGGAAGGGAGGUUGGACGUGUGUGUCGCCGCUGCGGGGAUACUGAGGGAACAAGCGUGUCUUGAGUACACCGCAGAGGAGUUUGAGAAGAUGAUGAAGGUAAAUGUGAAUGGGGCGUUUUAUACCGCGCAGGCUGCGGGUCGGCAGAUGGAUCGCCUAAAGAUCAAGGGGAGCAUCGUACUUGUUGCAUCGAUGUCGGGGAGUAUAGCGAAUAGGGGCCAGAAAUGGGUUGCGUACAAUACAUCCAAGAGUGCGGUUCUUCAGAUGGCGCGGAGUAUGGCAUGUGAGCUUGGUCCGAAAGGAAUACGUGUCAACACGCUCUCGCCAGGAUACAUAUACACUGCAAUGACGCACGACGUCUUACACUCCCAGACAGACAAGCUCACUGAAUGGUCUACUCAGAACCCACUGGGUCGACUUGGAAGGCCAGACGAGCUUCGCGGUGUUGUUGCUUGGCUUGCAAGUGAUGCGAGUACGUUUUGUACUGGGUCGGAUAUCCUGGUUAGUGGGGGUCAGCAUGCUUGGUGAAUUGUGGAUAGUGUGGUGAUAACGGUUAAAUGGACAAAAGGAUAAAUGGGAUGUUUCCUUUGCUGUGUAGUUUAUGUUCUUGGUUUCAGUUUCAGGUUUUUUAGUAUUAUGGACUUGGACUAGAUCUCAUUUUUUUUUGUAUAUUUGUAUAUUGGUUUGCAAUCGUCUGCUUUCAU